GUCGCAGAACAAUCAAACCUCCCAGACGCUGAACCAGGCCACAACUAAACAAUGGCGAAGGGAAGAGCUUCUUCAACCUCUCAAAAUUCUGCUUCUGCCUCUGCUUCAGCAGCUACUGCCAAAACAACAGAUGGGAGAAUGGUUUUGAGGGUGAGAACAUCACAGCAAAUGAAAAACCCUGCUGGAAACAAGUCGAAAAUGACACCAAAGAAGAAGAAGAAGAGUUCCAAAAUUGAUGCCUUUAAGCCCAAGAAGCCCCCUACUGCUUUCUUCUACUUCUUGGAGGAUUUUCGCAAGGAAUUUCAAGAGAAGAAUCCUGAUAUCAAAACUAUGCGUGAUAUUGGCAAGGCAUGUGGAGAGAGGUGGAAAACAAUGACAUAUGAGGAAAAGGUUCAAUAUUAUGAUAUAGCCACAGAGAAACGAGCAGAGUUUGACAGAGCAAUGGCAGAAUAUAUGAAACGAAAGGAAAGAGGGGAGUAUCAGGAUUAUGAAGAUGAUUCUGACUUUGAUAAUUAGGACUACUAGUAUUGCUUCUUCCGAAAAACUUUUAGUAGGAUGUCUGUAUCUAGUGUUCAGGUCCCUUUAGUUUAUGGAUCAUGUAAAUUGCCUUUCACCCGUUUAUCCUUGAUGAAUGGUUCUUUGCCAGCCCUAUUUAAUCACGAACUAAAAGAUGAGGAAAUGACUUGACAACUCAAAACUGUCUGUAUUAUCUAUCCUUAUGUACUCUUUAUUGCCUGCAAAUGAUACUUGUCAUUCUUUGUACUCUUUUAA